UCAAGUUUUGGUUCUGUUUUCUCAUACAAAUUUUUUUUUUAUCUAUAACUUUCAAAGAGAUAUUUGAACAUUUCCAGAGUUCAUUUUCUUCCAUCUUUCCCCUAACCCAAAUUAUGACGACUUUGGAGCUUCGUGUCCAUAUGGAUUGUCCCGGUUGUGAAAACAAAGUUCGAACUUCACUCCAAAAUCUAAAAGGUGUGGACAGCGUUGAAAUCGACAUGUCGUUACAGAAGGUGACGGUGACCGGGUGGGCGGAGCAAAAGAAAGUACUGAAAGCGGCCCGGAAAAACGGUCGUCGAGCAGAGCUCUGGCAGUUACCCUACAACCCGGAGCACGAUAACUGCAGUGAUCCCUAUCCUCAGCAUCAGUUAAAUGGGCCGAUUCAAAACUUUUAUGGGCCUCAGCCCACUUCCACUUACAACUAUUACAAACAUGGAUACGAUAGUCACGAUCAGGCCCAUCAUCUUAAUUACUCCACACAUUCCAAUAUCUUCGGCCGCCAAACUGCCUCCGUUUUUAGCGACGAAAAUGUCCAUAAUUGCUCUAUUAUGUAAUAAGGCUAAACACUAAUCAUCUAUCCCUUUAAAUCUUGAAUUUUUGUAAUAAAACCAAUCUAUACUUUUUGCCAUAGUUUAUUUCUAGAAAAGUUUAGAAUACAUUGAAGAUUUGAGAAACUUGUCUACAAGGCAUCAACAAAACUACGUGAAAAUGACAAAUUGGAAACAAAUAAAAAUAUCUUAUGUUUGAGUAUA